GUUGAUUUAUUAUGUUUUCUAGGUACAGGGGACACCAAUCUUCAGGAAGCGGACCGUCUCCUUGAACCCUACCUCCAAAAAUUUCCAAAUGGUUGCAUUAUACUGUUUUAUGCUGCCAGAAUAGAUACGCUGAAAGGAAAUUUUGAAAAGGCACAGUUAACGUUCCAAGACUGCAUAGAAGCCCAGCAAGAAUGGAAGCAGAUUCAUCAUCUCUGUUACUGGGAACUGAUGUGGUGCUACACCUUCCAGCAGAACUGGCUUCAGGCAUAUCGGUAUGCAGACCUGCUGAGCAAAGAGAGCAGGUGGUCUAAGGCAAUAUAUGUAUUCCAAAAAGCAGCCAUUUUAUGUAUGCUUCCAGAGGAUGAAUUGAAAAGUACUGGUGAGGACAUUGUAUCUUUGUUCAGACAAGUGGAUGGUCUAAAACAGAGAAUUGCAGGAAAAUCUAUUCCAACUGAGAAAUUUGCAGUAAGGAAAGCUCGACGCUAUGCAAGUUCUCAACCUGUGAAGCUGAUAUUACCUGCCUUGGAAAUGAUGUAUGUCUGGAAUGGCUUUGCAAUUGUGGGCAAAAGAGCAGAUCUCACAGAAAAUUUAUUGGUAACAAUUGAAAAAGAAGAAACUGCUCUAAAAAAUGAAACCAGUAAGUAGUUGAUUAAGAUGGUG